AUGGUUGGAGCAAAUUACUCCGUGGUGUCAGAGUUUGUGUUUCUGGGACUCUCCAAUUUCUGGGAGAUCCAACUUGCCCUCUUUGUGUUCUCCUCCAUGUUUUAUGUGGUAAGCUUGGUGGCAAACUCCCUCAUUAUACUCACUGUGACUUCCCAUCCUCACUUACACUCCCCCAUGUACUUCCUGUUGCCCAAUUGCUCCUUCAUUGACCUGGGUGUCUCUUCUGUGUCUUCUCCCAAGAUGAUUUAUGACCUUUUCAGAAAGCACAGAGUCAUCUCCUUUAGUGGCUGCAUUGCUCAGAUCUUCUUCAUCCAUGUCAUUGGUGGUGUGGAAAUGGUGCUGCUCAUAGCCAUGGCCUUUGACAGAUAUGUGGCCAAGUGUAAGCCUCUCCACUACCUGACCAUCAUGAGCCCACAAAUAUGCAUCUCCUUUUUAGUGUCAGCCUGGACAAUUGGCCUUAUCCACUCUGUGGGUCAAUUGGUAUUUGUAGUAAACUUACCCUUCUAUGGCCCCAAUGUGUUGGACAGCUUUUACUGUGACCUUCCUCGCUUCAUCAAACUGGCCUGCACAGACACCUACCAGCUGGAGUUCAUGGUCACAGCCAACAGUGUAUUCAUUUCUGUGGGUGCCUUCUUUAUACUCAUCAUUUCCUAUAUCUUCAUCAUUCUCACUGUUCAGAAACACUCGUUAGCUGGUUUAUCCAAGGCUGUGUCCACACUUUCAGCUCAUAUCUCUGUGGUAGUUUUGUUCUUUGGUCCUGUGAUAUUCUUCUAUACAUGGCCAUCUCCCUCCACAGACCUAGAUAAGUUUCUGGCCAUCUUUGAUGCAGUUCUCACCCCGUUCCUGAAUCUAAUCAUUUACACAUUCAGGAAUCAAGAAAUGAAGGUAGCAAUGUGGAGAGUAUGCAGACAGCUAGUGAGUUACAGGAAGAUCUCUUAAGGGAUGGACUGUAUUGUGAGGACUCCUCAUUGACUACUGGAGUUCUAUUGUUGAUGGUCAAACUCACAGAGAAGCUUCUCUUUGCCCUCCAUUGGGUUGAUUACCUUGACACUGUUAUGAAGUCGUUUGCUGCUUUCACUUAGGAAUGAGUGACAUUCACUUCUAAAAUUUGAGAAGUAGUUCCAUAGGAAGUAUUUAUGAAUCAAAGGUGAUAAUAAUCCUGUGCCUUAAUUCUCACGGAAUAAUACUUAUAAGAAGUAAUUAGUAGAAAUACAAAAGAGGACAGGCUUCUUUAAGGCCUUCAGAACAGGGAGACCUCUCCCUCUCUUUCUCUUUUCUUAAACAGCCAUUUGUCUCACAGGCAGAAAUUCCCAGCAGUCCUAAAUGGAGAAUUUGCUAAUAGAGUAUUGAACUGAGUCCUUUAACUGUA